GACGAGCGGAGUUCUGGUUUUGGUUCCUCAGUCUCAGAUGGAUUAUGGCUCCCAGGAGGAUGGAAACCAAACCGGCGAUCUUCUGCCUGAAGACGCUGCUGCUGCUCUACUCCUUCAUCUUCUGGGUGACAGGGGUGGUCCUGCUGGCGGUGGGGUUAUGGUGGAAGUUCAUGUUGGGUCCCUACAUGUUGCUGAUCUCUAGCAGCCCUUCCAGUGCUCCCUACGUCCUCACUGGCACCGGCGCGGCCAUUGUCCUGUUCGGACUGUUCGGCUGUUUUGCCACCUGUAGGGGGCAUCCCUGGAUGUUAAAACUGUACGCAGUGUUUCUGUCUCUGGUCUUCAUGACUGAACUCAUUGCUGGGAUCUCUGGAUUUGUCUUUCGUCAUGAGAUUAAAGGGACAUUCCUCACUGCCUACAGUGCAGCAGUGAUGAGAUAUGACGGACGAGAUGACAGGAGUCUGGCAGUAGAUGGUGUCCAACGCAGAUUACACUGCUGUGGAGUUUAUAAUUACACCAGCUGGUUCAGCAGUGUGUAUUUUCCCAUCAGUGGGAUUCCUACCAGCUGUUGUGUUCAUGUCUCUGACUGCAAUGAAGCAGACCUGAAGAAUACCACUCUGGCAGCUCAGAAGGUCUACAAAGAGGGUUGCUAUGAGCUGGUUGUGUCCUUCAUAGAGAGCAACAUGGGAAUCAUUGCUGGAGUUACCUUUGGUAUUGCCUUCUCUCAGCUGGUCGGUGUAACUCUGGCCUGCUGCUUGUCUCACUUCAUCAACAGCAACCAGUACGAGAUGAUCUAACAGGAAAGUGAAUAAGAUGUACAUCACCAUGGAAACCUUAGGAAAAACACACACAUACAAACGCGCACUGUUAACAUUCCUGUUGUAUUUAUUUUGUGUCUUGCUGUGAAAUACUGAAAAUUGACCCCUUUGUGUUCUCUCUCUUUGUGUUGUUAGGAUCUUUCUUUGUAUGUGUGUCAGGCUCAGGUCCUGAAAAGACCUGUUGUCAGUAACAAUCAUAUUCAGAAAGCCCUCUUAGGGGCACCAGAACACUUGAAAGGCUUUCACAUUUUUAGGUUAAAGUUGAAAUUUGAUUCUGUGGCAGUGUGCUGUGUUUGAAAGACGUGUUGUUCAUGUUUCAUAUUCUGUGUACUGUGAUGUGACAGAUUUUAUAUUUCUGUUUUCUGAAUGACAAACUCACUGAUAACUAUUUGAGACAUGCAAUGUUUUCAACAAAAUAAAUGAGGCUGCGCGUUGUGUCGAUAAAUCCAACAUAAGAAAACCUUACAUGUAACAUCUAACUUUACUUUGACAUAAUAGCAUCACACAGUUGCUGCAGCUUUGUCAGCUCCACAUCCAUGUGAAUCCAUCCACAAGAAUCUCCUGUUUAACCACAUGCCCAAAGGUGCUCCAUUAGCUUGAGGAUCUCGUGUCUGUGGAGGCCAUUGGAGUACAGAGAACUCAUUGUCAUGUUCAAGAAAUCACUUUGAGAUAUAGUUUCAUGACAUGGUGCAUUUUCCUAAUGGAAGAAUUAUUAGGAUAGUUAACAAUACUUAGGUAGACUGUGGUGUUUAAACAAUGCUCAGCGUGCCAAGAAAAUAUCCAUCACACCUUUACACCAGAAAAAAACUAAACCACUGAUACAAAGCUGGAGAGACCCUUUCUUGCAUGUCAUUCAUCAAAUUGUAAACCUACCAUCUGAAUACUAAAGCUGCUAUCUUCUCGAGCUAUUUUCUCUUAGAGAGCAGUCAUAUGUUCAGAGUUGCUUAAAUCAGCUUUCUUUUCCCUUCUCAUGCUCA